AAUCGAGGUCAUUUGGAGAAGGGGGUUUUCCAAUGUCGAAGAAAUGCACGUGUGUGCAAUGUCACGUAGAAAUAUCACUGGUCUGACGUGGUCUGUGUUUUCUAGGCUCGUAGGAGCAAACAGAUUAGGAAGAAGAAGACAUGAUUUGAGUCGAGGAUUAUGUACACAGGAACCACUAGAUCUGAAGGAAUUGUUUAUGCGACACUUGACGACUCGGAUCAAGGCCAAUGGUCCUCUCACUGUUGCAGAGUACAUGAAAGAAGUCCUAAUUAACCCUGUCACUGGUUACUACAUUAACAAUGAGGUGUUUGGACACAGUGGGGACUACAUCACAUCACCAGAAAUUAGCCAAAUGUUUGGAGAGUUGAUAGGCAUCUGGUGUGUGUACGAAUGGCAGCAAAUGGGUAAGCCAGACAAGCUACAGAUCGUGGAGCUGGGACCAGGCAGAGGUACCCUGGCAGCUGACAUGAUGAGGGUUUUUUCACAAUUUCAAGAAUUCAACAAAGCGGUAACCCUGCAUUUGGUGGAGGUCAGUCCAAAGAUGAUUCAACUUCAAUCACAGGCUCUCACAGGGAGUACGACCCCUGACGACACAGUAGCAGAGUACCAGAGUCAGAAAACCAAAUUUGGACCGGAUGUGCAUUGGCAUCGGUUCCUGGACCAGGUUCCUAAGGAGCGCUCCUGUUUCAUCGCUCACGAGUUCUUUGACGUGUUACCUAUAUAUAAAUUUCAGAAGAAAGAUGGUGAAUGGAAUGAGGUUAUGGUGGAUAUCCAAGAAGGAGGAGGUCUACGUUUUAUCAUGUCAAGAGGACCAACCACCAAUGCUAAGGCAUUUCUCACUCAUAUGACAGACUCUGAUGAGAGAGACCAUGUAGAAGUGAGCCCAGAAAGUGGGAACCUAGUCCAGAAAAUGUCGCAGAGGAUCAGCGAUCAUGGAGGGCGAGCUAUGAUUAUAGACUAUGGCCAUGAUGGAACAAAGACAGACACAUUUAGGGGUUUUAAAGAUCACAAGUUGUAUGACCCGUUGCAGAACCCGGGCUCUGCUGACCUCACUGCUGAUGUGGACUUUGCUUAUCUCAAGCAUUGUUGUGGGGAUAAAGUGAAAACAUUUGGACCAGUGACACAGAACAAUUUUCUGAAUGGAAUGGGGAUUGGAGUACGUCUGCAGGUGCUGCUAAAGAAUGCAGAUGAUAAAACCAGAAAGGCUUUGUUGGAGAGUGUUAAACGGCUGAUGCAUCCCCAGGAGAUGGGGGAUGCAUUCAAAUUCCUGGCCAUUGCCCCCAAGGACGUGGACUAUGUACCUCCAGGGUUUACACCAAUGACGGCCCACACAGAGCAAAAAUCGUGAUCAAUGGAGAGAUUAAGUGUUCACAAUCAAGCUAUGAAAUGAACUUUUUUCACUAUGUUUGAAGGAAUAAACUUUGAUUUGUUUUAGCAUUAGUGGUCCAUAUUUUGUUUGAACUAUUUAGGUGACUAAAGAAACCCACCGUAUCAGUUCUGGGAACACUGGAUUAAUACAGUUUCUUUGAUUAUGUACAAAUGAAUGAAGUGCUUGCAUGUAAUAGUUUAAAGCUAUGUUACGAAGUGAUAUGCAAAUUUUACAUCAGAUGUAUAACUGUUCGUUUGUUACAAAGUACAUUUUUAAAAGAGGCCUACGGGCUGCAUUGCUCACUGAACAGUUGAAUCUCUCCCCUGGAGUAAAAAUGCAAUUUCCCAUUCCUAUUGUGGCCCAACCAUUAUCCGUGGUCAUGGUGUACACAAACUUGAAUCUACACUGCAUGAAGAUGCUUGCAUGUUUAAUGAAUUGUGGCUUUUGACAUGCUUUUUAAAGAAAUAUUUAAAUCUUUACUUGUAAAUUAACAAAUUUUGCCAAUAAACUCAGAAACACUUG